AUGGCGAGGCUGAUCGGACCAUUCGAAAUUGUACCGGCGAUUCUUGUCUAUCCGCAUUUCGAAUUAUACCUUGAUAAUGUAAUCAAAUCUGCAAAUUAUAGAAACAAAUAUACUAACAUUUAUUGUUCUAUUUUGUCGUCAUCUCUCUUCUUCCAACUUUUUUUUUUUUUUUUGGUUGUAGUUUUGUCACAAAAAUCGUAUAAACUUAACAUUCAUAACAAAAACUUCACCUUUUUUUUUCUCCAUCGGGGUUACCGACUACCUCAUCCUUUGAUUCCCGGCAGUGGAUCUCCGAUGAUGCCUCCUCCUUACGUCGAGUACCAGAAAGCCGUCACGGUUCGUAACGAGGUUAAUUUAAAAAAGGAGACUUUAAGCCUCGAACCCGACCCGGAGAAUCCCAUCCGACUUCUCGUCUCCUUCACGUUUGAUGCUUCCAUGCCCGGAAGGAUCACAAUCAUUUUCUUUGCUAAGGAAGAAGAAGAAUGCAAUCUUAUAGCCACAAAGGAAGAUACUUUGCCUCCAAUCACAUUCGAUUUCGGUAAAGGACUUGGUCAGAAGUUCAUACAACCAUCUGGAACAGGUAUAGACUUGACGGUAUUUGAAGAUUCCGAGCUAUUCAAGGCCGCCGAAACAGAUGUCUACCCGCUUGCGAUUAAGGCAGAGGCACAAGGAAACUCGGGUUCCGUGGAUGCGCAGAUUACUGUAGUAACCACCUAUGUGAAGGAGAAAGAAGAGAUUAAGAUAGGAGUGGUGAAGCAGUAUCUGUGGACGAAUGGGAUUCGUUUUGAGGUGCAAGAGAUAUAUGGGAUGGGGAACAUGGUUGAUGGUUGCUAUGAGAGAAAGGAAUGUGUUAUAUGCUUGUCUGAACCACGCCAAAUAACUGUUCUUCCUUGCAGACACAUGUGUAUGUGCAGCGGGUGCGCCAAAGCGUCAAGGUUUCAGGCACAUCUGUGUCCAGUUUGCAGACAGCCUGUCGAGAGGUAUUUGGAGAUUCCGGCAGAAGGGUAACGAGUAACAACAAUGAGGAGAAUAGAGAUGGAGAUAGAGCAUAUUUAGUUAAGCAAUCGAUUUAUGUAAUCUAUGCUAUUCUUAUUCAAGACAUAAAAUGUUAUGGUUCAAUAUAUAUAUAUAUAUAUAUAUAUAUAUAUAUAUAUAUUAGGUGGAAACUGAGUUUUUAAAUAGCAAUGGUAAACAAACA